UUCCCGCAGCCAGUCAGUCAGUCUUGCCUCAGCCGGAAGCAUCACUGCCGGGAGCUAGACGCAAGUGUAACCUCCGCUCUGUAGGACACCUGUGCACUCCUCAAACACCUGUUGUCGAGAAUCCGGACAAUUUGCAAGAUUAAUGACAGUCGUGCUUUCCCUAAGAGCCGAGCAAAUGGUUAUUAACCCAUAUUUGAAACAUGGGAAUUGAGAACUGUAGGUCAUGGUUACAAUUCUGCUAACACGAAAAAGAAAGAAACAAGAGAAGUCGUUCCUGUGUUUCAGCGUUUUCAUAAACUUUUACAGCCUUAAAAGACAAACGUUUUAUCGCGCACUUUUGCCAUGUUUUCCAACGGCAGAGGAGUCUUUCGCGCCCUUUUCCUGCUCAUUAUCUUCGUCAGUGGCCUGUCUGCUGGAAACGCGACCAAGUGUCCGAAUAAGACGGAAUUGGAUACAUGCCUCGGAAAGGUUGCAGGAUACAUGCCCAAAUCCGGAUUACCAGCUGAUCGGAAACAGCUCGUGAACAUGUGCAGGGCCUUCAAAGGCGGUAUGAGAUGCGUGGACGGCUACACAGCGAAGUGCAUGACCGUCGAACAAAGAGCCAGUUUGGAGGAACACCUGAAGGGGGCGAGAGCGACCUUGGCCUUCCUGUGUGAUGACCCUGUCUUCCAAAAAGAUUAUCUUUCUCACGGACAAUGCAUUAUUGACGUGCGUGAUGACUGGGACAAAUGCCACAACCACUUCAAGUAUUUGGUAAACAGGGAGCACACCAGAGUCAAUAUUACGCAGACGAAGAGGGACCAUAACAUAUGCUGCAUUCGAGCGGGGUUCCUCUCCUGCGUCUACGGGAUUAGCUACCUCAAGUGCGGCAAGAGCGAGGCCAUUUUCUUGAAGAAGGUGACGGAGACCCUCUCCUACAGCGACGUCCAUCAGGAGAAGUGCAGGAAAGUGAGCCUCAGGACCUGCUCUUCGGGUAAAUCUUCUUCAGGAGUCGGAGGUCUUGUUGCACUGGGUAUUGUAAUAACGUUGGCCAGAGGUCGUUUUCCUUAAAGGCAAAGGGAAAUGGAGAGGAAAUUGCUACAGAAUAGGAAGGGAAUAGCAUUCUGUUACUUGGCUGUCUUUCUCUCUGUUUGUUUAUUUGUUAACGCGCGAGCACGUGUGUGGUUUCUCUAUUUAUGCAUAUAUUUACGUUUAUAUUGUAUGAAUGCACACACAUGCUAAUAUCUUAUAGAAUGAAUGCCUUUCUGUAUUGUAAGUGAGAUUUAUUUAUUGCAAAACUUUUCCUAGUCUAUUUGACUUUGCAGUGUCACAUAAAAAAGGGUUUGCAGGUAUAGAAAAAAAGUAAAUUGUGUAAUGCUCUUCAUAAUUAUGGAAUAAAAUAUGUGUUCAGUAA